AUGUCUAAUCGACAGCUCUCUCGGGAUAUGCAAACGGAGUUUCAGGCGCGGUUUAACGCCAAACAAGCCCGCCGGGAAGCCCAGAAAGCCGCGAAACAAGACAACGAGCUGAAGAAGCAGAUCCAAACACUCCUCAAGAAGGGCGAGACCGGCCAGGCGGCGCAAAAGGCGCGCAUGCUCCUAGCCAAGCAGGCGAUCGCGGCGCAGAUGGACCAGGCGGCGGACAUGGCGGAGCUCUCGGUGGCGCAGAUCCAGGCCAACAACGCCAUGAACCGGAUGACGGCCAUGAUGGCGUCGUCGUCGCGGACCAUGACGCGGGCGCAGCGCAGCGCCAACCCGGAGCGCACUCUCCUGACCCUCGAGCAGUUCCGCUCCCAGAACGAGGAGUACGCCGUCAGCAACGGCAUCUACCAGGACGCCAUGACCCAGAGCACCAGCGUCCAGGUCACCGACGACGCCGUCCACGAGCUCCUCGGCCAGCUCGCCGACGACGCGGGGCUGGAGCUAAAGCAGGAGCUCAACACGGCGAACCCGAGCAAGGCCGAGCCCGUCAAGGAGUCGGCCGGCGCCGAGCCGACGGCCGAGGAGGAGGACGCGCUGACCCAGAGGCUGAGGGCCUUGAGGGCCUGA